UGCGAGACAACUUCCGCGUGUAGAGAGAGGCGGGGUUGACGUGCAAGCCGCAAACAGAACAAAAUGGUGACCUUACGAUCAGGGACAAGGACAAGAGGAGAAGAAACUAAAGAGGCAAAGUCUGAGGUUCUUGUAAAUGGCAAACAUACAGGCACUCUGAAUGGAAAGUCUCCAUUGCUUAAUGGUCACACUAAUACACACCCUAAGAAGGAUACAAAUGGUUCUUCCAAGAUGCAGAAAGUAAUGUUCAUCAGCUUACUUCUGGAUCUCCUCGGCUUCACUGUCAUUCUGCCGCUGUUUCCUGCCCUGUUGGAAUACUACUCGAGAAAUGAUAGCAGUGGACUGUACUCCACCUUGCUCUCGUGGAUUGUUGCCUUCCAGGAGGCCAUCGGAAUUCCUUCCAAAUUCCACUCUGUGUUGUUUGGAGGCCUGUUGGGGUCCCUGUUCUCCCUCCUGCAGUUCCUGUCAUCACCCAUCACCGGGGCCUUGUCUGAUGUGUAUGGUCGAAGGACGGUGUUUAUCUGUACCUUGAUUGGAGUGGCAGCCUCAUAUGGUAUGUGGGCCAUAGCCAGUAACUUUGCCCUCUUUGUGCUGGCAAGAAUUAUUGGAGGAGCCACCAAGGGCAAUGUGUCUCUUGCUUACUCCAUAAUGACGGACAUUUCGGAGGAAAAGACGAGGGCAAAGGGAAUGGCCAUGAUCGGUGUGGCCUUCAGCAUUGGAUUUACGGUGGGGCCAGCCAUCGGGGCCAUGUUCUCACGCUGGGGCAGCACAGGCUGGUUCAUGGCCUCAGCUCUCUAUGCUCUUGUGCUGGCUCUCCUCAAUGUGCUGUACUUCUAUGUCUUCUUUGAGGAAACAUUGCCUGAGUCGAAAAGAAGAAAAUCACUCGGUACUGGGUUGUCCGAGGCUUGGGAUCUCAUCAGCCCUUUCUCCCUCUUCAGUUUCAGAUCUGUGAAAGGCCUAGAAAAGGAAGAACGUGCCAAAUUAAUAAGACUUGGACACGUGUACUUCCUGUACCUGUUCUUGUACUCUGGCCUGGAAUUCACACUCACCUUCGUUACACACCACAAGCACCAUUACACCUCAAUGGACCAGGGCCGGAUGUUCACUUUCCUGGGGCUAGUCAUGGCGGUGAUGCAGGGCGGAUACGUGCGCCGCAUCAAAGACGGGAGUGAGAAAUAUAUGGCUAAUGUGGGUUUGGUCAUGAUGAUUCCGGCUUUCAUCUUGGUUGGUGCGAGUGAGACCAACCUGGGACUGUAUGUUGGACUGACCCUCUAUGCUCUUGGUUCCUCCAUGAUGGUACCUUGCCUAACUGCUCUAGCAUCUUACCAUGGAGCUGAUUCUCAUAAGGGCACCUUGUUAGGGAUAUGGAGAUCCCUUGGAGCCCUGGCCAGGGUCAUUGGACCUAUCGUCACCUCAGUCUUCUUCUGGUGUGUGGGAGCUGAGUUGUGUUACAUUGUGGGUGGCCUGCUUAUGGUAGUUCCACUGAUCCUUUUUCAGUCUUACUGAGUAGUUUGUUAAAGAAACACUAAUUUACAUUAGAAAUCUCCUUACUCUGGAUACAUCAGGGUCAGUCAGUUAGAGUAUCGGGUACUUUUGAACAAAAUGGAAGUAAUCUCUUUUUGACAUUCAGGUGUAUGUAUGUAUGCAUGUAUAUGUGUGUGU